AUGCUUCCCAGGGGUGCAGGAAUAGCAGGCCUCACACUCGCGAUCGCGCUCGGGCGAUGUGAGGAUCCGGUGUCGCCCAUCGAGAUCGACAUGUACGAGUCCGGGACCGAGAUCACGACCGUUGGCGCGGGCAUAUCUGUCUGGCCGCGGACGUGGGCAAUCAUGCGCAGGCUGGGACUGUAUGACGAGCUCAUGCAGGAAGCGGUGAAAAGCAAGGGUGAGACGAAGAAGGACCAGGACGAAGGGAGCGAACAUCAAGCGGGGCCCGCCUUCGUGUUCCGCAAGUCGGACUGGCCGCGGGAAGGCUUCGAGUUCGGGCGCGUCAUGGUCCCAGAUGGCGCGACCACUAUGCACCGCGCCGACAUGGUCCGCGUCCUCGUCCGCCACCUCCCCGCGCGCUGCACCAUCCACACCUCCAAGCGCCUCGUCUCCUACGAUCCUCCCCCGCCUUCCUCCCCAAACGACACGCACACAUUGCACUUUGCCGACGGUACCCACGCAACCGCCGACGUCGUUAUCGGCGCAGACGGGAUCAAGUCCGCGGUGCGCAGCUCGAUGUACGCACACACACACGUGCAGGAGUGUGAGAGUGGGGACGACACGCCCGUCGCGGCGUGCGCGCGGUGCGCCCGCUCCCGCCCAAAGUGGACGGGCACCGUCGCGUACCGGUACUUGAUCCCGACGGAGCGGCUGCGCGCGGUCAACCCCGCGCAUCAUGCGCUGCAUGUAGCGGCGCCGAUGAGCUUGGCUGAUUUCGCGCGACAGCAUAUCAUCACGUACCUGAUAUCGCACGGGAAGUAUCUCAACUGGAUAGGCUUCGUGACGCGGCCCGGGCAAGAGGGCACCGAGUACCCACACAAGUGGGUGCUCGACGCGAACCGGGACGACGUCGUGCGCGAGUUCGCGGGCUGGGAGCCCGAGGUCGACCAGAUGAUCGCCUGCGUCGAAGACCCGACGUUGUGGGCGAUCCACGUCAUCGACGACCUCCCGUUCUCCGUUUCUGGCAGAGUCGCCCUGAUGGGAGACGCGGUGCACGCCAUGACGACCCACUUUGGCGCAGGCGGCGGCCAAGCCAUCGAGGACGCGUACCUCCUCGGCACCCUCCUCACCGACCCGCGCACCUCCCCGCCGCGCCUCCCGCGCGUGCUGGAGAUCUACCAGGCCGUCCGGCUCCCCUUCGCGCGCGCCGUCGUCCGGAACGCGCGCGCGGUCGGGCUCAUGUACGAGUUCAACUCGCCCGGGCUGUACGCCGCGGACCCCGCGCGCGGCGAGCCGACCGCGGUGGGCGUGCGCUCCGAGGAGGUGACGGCCGCGGCCGCGGACGGGGACGGGGACGGGCUGAAGCGGCGGUUGGGCGAGCUCGAGCGCGCGAUCCGCGGGAUGUGGCAGUGGCAGUGGAAGGAGAAGGUGGAGGAGCAGUGGGCGGAGGCGGAGCGGAUGAUGGACGAGCUGGGGAGCCGCACGGCCCCUCGGCGGCGGCGGCAGGCAGAAAGGUGGUGUGUCGUUGCAUGA